UUUCCCAUCCCAUUCUCAUCAUCCUCACCCUCCCCCGCGCCGACCCCCCGCCGCUGCCGCCGCCGCCGCUAAAACCCUAAAACCUCCAACCUCACCCAUGGCGGCGAGCAGCGCCGAUCUCGCCGACGACGGCUUCCCGGCGCCGCGCCUCUUCUCGCAGGGCGUCUCCUACACCUACGACGACGUCAUCUUCCUCCCGGGCUACAUCGGGUUCCCGGCCGACGCCGUGGACCUCUCCACCCGCCUCUCCCGCCGCAUCCCCCUCUCCAUCCCCUGCGUGGCCUCCCCCAUGGACACCGUCUCCGAGGCCGCCAUGGCCGCCGCCAUGGCAUCCCUCGGCGCCGCCGCCGUCGUCCACUGCAACACCGAGCCCCACCUCCAGGCCUCCAUCGUCCGCGCCGCCAAGUCCCGCCGCCUCCCGUUCGUCUCCUCCGUCCCCUUAUUCUCCCCCGCCUCCACCCCAUCCCUCUCCGACUUCGCUGGCCACGACUACGGCCUGGUCACGGAGCGCGGCGAUUCGCUCUCCAAGCUCGUCGGCGUCGCUGUUGCAGCCGAGACCUCCUCUCGUCAGGCUCCCCUCCCUGUCUCCGAGUACAUGCGCCCCGCCCCGCGCUCGGUGUCCGCCUCUUUUGAUUUCGAGCAGGCGGCCGCCUUUCUAGCGGACGAGGGUUUGGAUUAUGCCCCUCUUGUAUCCGAUGAUAGCGAGGUAAUCGACCUCAUCACUGUCAAUGAUGUGGAGCGCAUCCGGAGCUAUCCGAAGCUAGGCAAGCCGUCUCUUGGAGCGGACGGGAAGUUUGUUGUUGCGGCUUCCAUUGGGACCCGUGAGGAUGACAAGCGAAGGCUGGAGCAGCUAGUUAAGGCAGGGGCAAAUGCGAUUGUUGUAGAUAGCUCGCAGGGGAACUCUAUCUACCAGAUUGAUAUGAUCAAGUAUGCAAAGAAGAUGUACCCGGAAGUGGACUUGAUUGGAGGUAAUGUGGUGACGAUUGCGCAGGCACAGAAUUUAGUUGCUUCUGGGGUGGAUGGAUUGCGUGUUGGGAUGGGCUCUGGCUCAAUUUGCACUACCCAGGAGGUUUGUGCCGUGGGCCGAGGACAGGCUACAGCAGUGUAUAAGGUUGCAUCUUAUGCCAAAGAUCACAAUGUGCCAGUCAUUGCGGAUGGUGGAAUUUCAAACUCUGGACAUAUUGUGAAGGCUUUGUCUCUGGGGGCAUCCACUGUUAUGAUGGGUAGCUUCUUGGCUGGCAGCCAUGAAGCUCCUGGUACUUACGAGUACAAGGAUGGCCACCGUGUUAAAAAAUACCGAGGCAUGGGCUCUCUCGAAGCAAUGACAAAGGGGAGUGACGCCAGGUACCUAGGCGAUACCCUCAAGCUUAAAGUCGCCCAGGGAGUUGUUGGAGCAGUUGCUGAUAAAGGUUCUGUGCUGAGGUUCAUUCCUUAUACAAUGCAAGCUGUUAAGCAAGGGUUCCAAGAUCUUGGUGCGUCAUCUUUGCAGUCAGCUCAUGAGCUGCUGCGAUCGGAGACUAUCAAAUUAGAGGUGAGGACUGGCGCCGCGCAAGUUGAAGGGGGGAUACAUGGGCUAGUGUCGUACGAGAAGAAGGCAUUCUAGUUCCAGAUUUAAUCAAGCAUCAGGACAAAGCGGCUAUUGCAUCCUAAGGAAACAACUGUUCCCUAUCUUUACCUGAUCAAUGAUUUUCAAGAACAGCUCGUCUGCUUGAUGAACCUGGCAUGCUGUUUCAUCGGUCGGUAGCAUCACCAUCCGUUUACCAUCGCAACGACAUGAUCGAUUGUGCUUUAACUUCAGUUUUGCUAGAGGGGAAGCUAUCCCAUGAUUUGCCUCAACCGGUUGAUGCUGAUGUACUUUGCCUUUUUGUGCAAACUUCCAACCGCAAACUCAUCCUGUUGUAGCGAAUUCGGCUUAUGUUUUUUUUUCAUGAAUAAGAAUAAAUAAGUUUGGUUUGUACUUUCGGCCAAUUCGGCCCCAGAUGUUAUCGUUGCUUGCUUUUGUUUCCUGAUA